AGAGGAGGAGCCGCCUCGCCGCGGACCGUGCCGGGAACAGGGCCGGUCGGUGUAGCCCUCGUGCCUUGCAUCUGCUCACCCCUUCGCCUUCCCCCACCACCACGCGCCCAGGGCCGCUGAGCCGCCGCUCCCAGCCGCAAGCUGUGAGGAUAAUGGACUGAUGGGGAUGGGGAGCCCACAGUGGAAGCAGAAAGACCAGUCAGGAGGCUACUGAGCCUGCUCGGGCAAGAAAUGCUGGUGGCCAUGGGGAUGAGCCAAGUGGAUGGACCGAUUCAUCCAGGGUUCAUUGGAAAGGGUACUGUGACCCAGACAAAGUGGACCCAGAGAACAAGAGCUGUGGCUGACCACAUCCCACCCAGGCUGAUGUGACAAUUAAAAUUUAAUUUCGUUAGUUGAUGAAAUGGAUAGCAUCAUCUUCCUGACGGAAAGACAAGCAAGGUCUAGAGGAUUCCUAUUGAUGUCUACUAUCAGCUGAACACUCUGUGUGCUUUAUGUUUUCAAGUCGGCAAACAUUUACUGAGCAUCUACUAGGUACAAGAUGAACAUCUGCAACAAGCCUUCCAACAAGACAGCCCCUGAGAAGAGUGUGUGGACAGCGCCUGCACAGGCCCGCAGACCGUCCCCCGAGCUGCAGGGCCAGCGGUCACGCCGGAAUGGGUGGAGCUGGCCCCCUCACCCUCUCCAGAUUGUGGCUUGGCUGCUGUACCUCUUCUUUGCUGUCAUUGGCUUUGGGGUCCUUGUUCCCCUCCUGCCUCACCACUGGGUGCCCGCUGGCUAUGCUUGCAUGGGCGCCAUCUUUGCCGGCCACCUCGUGGUUCACCUGACCGCUGUCUCCAUCGAUCCAGCAGAUGCCAACGUGCGGGACAAGAGCUAUGCAGGGCCCCUGCCCAUCUUCAACCGCAGCCAACACGCACACGUCAUUGAAGAUCUGCACUGCAACCUGUGUGACGUAGAUGUGAGCGCUCGCUCUAAGCACUGCAGCGCCUGCAACAAGUGCGUGUGCGGUUUUGACCACCACUGCAAGUGGCUCAACAACUGCGUGGGCGAGAGGAACUACCGGCUCUUUCUACACAGUGUGGCAUCUGCCUUACUGGGUGUCCUGCUCCUCGUGCUGGUGGCCACUUAUGUCUUUGUGGAGUUCUUUGUCAACCCCAUGCGGCUGCGCACCAAUCACCACUUUGAAGUCUGCCUGUGCCUUGCAGUGCUGAAGAAUCACACAGAUGUGUGGUUUGUGUUCCUGCCCGCUGCCCCUGUGGAGACACAGGCUCCUGCCAUCCUGGCCCUGGCCGCCCUACUCAUCCUUCUGGGCCUGCUUUCCACAGCCCUGCUGGGCCACCUGUUCUGCUUCCACAUUUAUCUCAUGUGGCACAAGCUCACCACCUAUGAGUACAUCGUGCAGCAUCGCCUGCCACAGGAGGCAAAGGGGGCCCACAGGGAGCUCGAGUCAUGUCCCCCCAAGAUGCGGCCCAUUCAGGAGAUGGAGUUCUACAUGCGGACCUUCAGCCACGUGCGCCCAGAACCCCCUGGCCAGGCCAGGCCUGCCACAGUGAAUGCCAAUCUUUCCCAGUUCUUUGCCACCCGAGGCCAAGUGGAACCCCCACCACCCUCCUCCCCAGAGACUCGGGCUCUGCCCCCCCGGAUCCAACCCCAGAAAAAGAGGAAGCGGCGUGUGUAUAAGGUGCCAACCUCUGGGACCUUGGACCCUGAAUCGCCGCUGCCCAGGCUGCCGGUGCCCUGGGCCCCAGGCCGCAGCUCCAGCUCGCCAUCGGACUCCGCGGGCCUCAGCCCAGUGCACGCCGCUGGGCCUGCAGGCGCCUACCACUCGGCGUCAGCCGAGUCCAUGGACGAGAUUCCAGUGGCCCAGACGCGCCUGGGCAGCGCCGCUCUGGCUGCCCCAGGGGGCAGGGGCCGAGAGAUCGGGCUGGCGCUGCAGGUGCGUGCACCCGCGGUUUUUGUGAGCCCGAGCAGCGGCGAGCCCGGAGCGCGGGGUGGCCCGGAGGCCGGCCUGGCUUAGUCGGGUGGAGAGGCAGGAGGGCCAAGG